AUGUAUACUCAUCAUCAAUUUAAGGCUUAGUGUGAAUUGGUUAUUAGCUAAUGUUACUAUAAGGAAGGAGUGAACAGGCAAAAUCUCUUAAGAGAUGAAUAGCAUUUACUCUUAAUGUUAUCUAAUAGUUAUCAUCAUAAUCACUCAAAAGAACUUCAGCUCAUAGAUCAACUUCUAUAGGAUUACAGACAUUUAUAGAUAUACAUAUAUUUAUAGAAUAUUGUGAAACAUGUGGAAAAACAUUUGCACGUCAUUCUCAAUUAUUCUCAUGAUCCAUUCUAGAUGAAUAAAAAAUUGACCAAGUAAAUAGGAACAAUCUAAUAUGCUGGCCAUCAUAUUCAUCAUUUUCCAGAAUUACACUCUUUGGGAAAAAUGUUUCGAGAAUAUUUUGGAAUGAAUGUUGAUUAAUUUGAAGUCUGUUCAUAAAUGGUGGAAUUAUGCUCAGAUUUAUAACUUCUGAAAAAUGUUUAUUUAAGCUACUUUUGUAAGAAUUACGGAUUGAUGGCAAUCACAGUCUAAAACAAUGGACAUUAUUUUACAGAUGUCUAUAAGACCUAUGACUUUUAUAUACCGGAUGAGGAUUAUGCUCUACCUCCCCCUGGAGGCUAUAGUAAUAUAUAUCCAACAACCCAAAAUCAAUCAUUUCCUCCACCAUAUGGAUAAAAUGUUAAUACAUAUCCUUAAACAUACAAUCCCUUGCCACCUCCUGGAUAAUACCCUCCUACAGGCUAAUAUCCUCAAUCAGGACAAUACCCUCCUCCAGGAUAAUACCCUCCAGGAUAAUACCCUCCAGGACAAUACCCUCAAGGACAGUAUCCUCCUCCAGGUCAAAUUCCUCCUCCAAAUUAAUAUCCUGGUUAGGGCCAAUACCCUCCUCCUCCUUAAUAAUAUCCUAAUUAAUAACCUACAGGCUAUGGUGCCCAGCCUUAUUAAUAAGGACAACAACCACCUUAUUAAUAACCAUAUAAUCCAACCAAUUAGCAAUACUAGAGUUAUCCUUAAUAGUAAACCACCUAUCCUCCUCAGUAACCAUCUCCUGGCUAUCCUACAUCAAAUGCCUAAUAAUAUAAUAAUCCAAGCCAAUAACAAGGAUAUCCACCAUAACCGCCUUAGGCUGCUUCAUAACCAAAUUAUGUUCCUAUGCCGCCCCCAGCAAAUCAAUAGUUUCCUUAUAGUUGAAACAUAAUAUAUAUUUGCAUCUAAAACAGCAUAAUCUAAUUAUAUA